GACCCUGUGCUUCGUGGUGUCAGGAAAGAAUUUGCUGUAACAAUGAAGACUGCGAUUGCAUGCCUGUGCUUCGCGAGCACAAUAUGUGCUGCGCCAAUGACAUCCCUCUAUGAUUACCUGCCCCAGAUUGGGGUUCCACGGCAGCCGAGUCAGCCUCCACAGAGGACUACCAACUAUGUGGCACCAGCUCCACCAGCCCAACAACCAGGAAUGGCAGCCCCAAUCAGCAUGGAAAUAGUAUUUCCUCCAAGAUUUCCUUCUCAGGUCACAGGGGGGCAGCAGACUGGAUCAGCAUUCCCUUCACAAGCAUUUAUCAAAUAUAAGAUCCCAAAGGUUCCUGGGAGACAGAGCAUGGAAAUUUUCUACCCAUACGAUUUGAUACAGCAACAGCAGAUGUUGCCAAAUGUUCCCCAGAUGCCCGCCAUACCAAAUAUUCCACAAUUCCCUCAAAUUCCAAAUCUUUUUCCAUAUGGAUUCCUGCCACCAACAGGACCUCAACAGAACAAUAUGUUCCCGAGUUUUGGAGUCCAACAGCAGUUGCCCCAGGAACCUGUUCAAGCACAGCAGCCAGCACAGUCAAGCCAGCCAGCACAGCCUGCUCAGGCCGGCCUUAAUGGUCCAGCAGCACCUUAGGGCAUACAUUCCACAGGAGUCAAUGCAGUGCUAUGAAACACUAUGAGCCAUAACGAAUGCUAACCAAGACGACUGCUUCUGUAACCUUCUAAUGAACUGUAAUUUUCACCUACAUGUAUAAUCCUGUCUCUCCACAAACAAAACAAGAAGCAUGGGUGAUAAUGCUAAUUUUUGUGACUCUCUGUUGUUUUGUUUUAAAAAAAUUCCUUGGUGGUCAAAGUCACAGCUUCACACAACAGCUUUGGUGUGCAUGUCAUGCUUGCCAUGUGUUCAGAACCGUAUUCCACAGUAUCUCUGCA